AUGGUGAGGUUCAAGCACCGGUACCUGCUGUGCGAACUGGUGUCUGACGAUCCCCGCUGCCGCCUGAGCCUGGAGGACCGAGUGCUAGACGGCCUUGUACGGGACACGAUCGCUAGGGUGCACGGGACCUUCGGCCUGGCCGCCUGCUCCAUCGGCUUCGCGGUGAGAUACCUCAACGCCUACACUGGAAUAGUGCUUCUUCGAUGCCGGAAGGACUUCUACCAGCUUGUGUGGUCAGCCCUUCCCUUCAUCACCUACUUGGAGAACAAGGGACACCGCUACCCUUGUUUCUUCAAUACCUUGCAUGUGGGAGGUACAAUCAGAACCUGUCAGAAGUUCCUGAUUCAGUACAACAGGAGGCAGCUGUUGAUCUUGUUGCAGAACUGCACUGAUGAAGGAGAGAGGGAAGCCAUCCAGAAGUCUGUCACAAGGAGCUGUUUGUUGGAGGAGCCGGGCCGGGAAGAGCUCUCAGAUAGCGGCAGUGAGGAGGCUGCUGUGGUCAUGGAGUGA